AUGUGCAGCAGGGCCGAGCCCGCGCGCAGGCGGCGCGCCGGGAGCCCGCUGCUCCGCAGCCUGCCCGCGGCGCAGGCGCUGGCCCGGCUGCUGCGGCCUUGCUACGGGCCGCACGGCCGCCGGAAGCUGCUGGUCGGCGCCCGCGGCGGCGCGGCGCUGACGGGCCGCGCGGCCGCCAUCCUGCGCGGCCUGCAGCUGGAGCACCCGGCCGCGCGGCUGCUGCGCGACGCGGCGCAGGCGCAGGCGGAGGGCGGCGGCGCCGGCGCGGGCCUCGUGGUGCUGCUGGCGGCCGCGCUGCUGCUGCGCGCCGAGCACCUGCUGCGCGCCGGCCUCGCGCGCUCGCAGCUGCGCCGGGCCUUCGCCGCGGCCGCCGCGCACGCGCUGGCGCUGCUGCCCGCGCUGGCCACCCGCUCGCUCGGGGCCCUGGAGGACCCGGCGCGGGCGCUGCGCUCGGCGGUGGGCACCCACGCCGACGGCCUCGCGCCGCUGGUGGCCCGCGCGUGCUGGGCCGCGCGGGCGCCGGACGGCGGCUUCCGCCGCGAGCGCGUGGCCGUGUGCGCCCUGCCGGGGGGCGCGCUGCACGCGUCCUGCCUGCUGCCGGGGCUGGCCGUGCGCGCCGAGCCCUGCGGCCGCGUGGCCGCGGCGCCCCGAGGCGCCAGCGUGGCCCUGUUCGCCUGCGACUUUGGCCCCGCCAGCCCCAGGGCGCCCGCCACCGCCCGGCUCGCCAGUGCCGCCGACCUCGCCGCGUUCGGGAAGGGGAGCGAGCGGCUGGUGGAGACGCAGGUGGCGCAGCUGGCCGGCGCGGGCAUUGACGUGGCGGUGGUGUGGGGGGACGUGGACGACACGGCCCUGGCCCAGGCGGACCAGCGCAGCAUCAUGGUGGUCCGAGCCGGCUCGCGGAGGGACCUGGUGCACUUGAGUGACGUGCUGGACACGCCCCUGACGCCGCACCUGCGGCCUCCGCUGAAGCCGGGAAGGUGCCGGCGGGUGUACCAGCAGCAGCUGGGGGAAGCUUCGGCCGUGGUGUUUGAAUGCGAGCAUCCAGGGACCCCUGCCGUCACCUUGGUCCUCAGGGGGGCCACAGCCGAGGGGCUCCGGAGCGCCGAGCAGGCCGCCUGCCGCGGCUUUGACGCCUACUGCCAGCUGUGCCAGGACCCCAGGCUGCUUCCGGGAGCCGGGGCCACCGAGAUGGCUCUGGCGAAAAUGCUCGCAGAGAAGGGAAGCACGUUGGAAGCGCCCAACGGCCCCGCCUUCCAGGCAUUUGCAAGCGCCCUUCGGUCUCUUCCCGAAGCCCUGGCGGAGAACGCGGGCCUAGCUGUCUCCGACGUGAUGGCACAGAUGAAUGCAGCUCACCAGGCUGGGAACUUCCUGGUAGGAGUGGGCCUCGAAGGGAUCAUAAACGUGGCCCAGGAAGACGUAUGGGACACCCUGAUAGGCAAAGCGCAGGCACUUCGGGCCGUAGCUGAUGUGACCCUGGAGCUCGUGAACGUGGACGAGAUUGUAGUGGCCAAGAAAAGUGCCCCAAAUCCACAGGACUUGAAUCCUGCGCGUAAGGCGGCCCAGGAAUGCCCAUCUCCUGUGAAAAAUAAGUUCCCUGGAACCUGAAUUAAGUAGUGACAUCCUCAAUAAAACGGGGAUUGCCAAGGAAGGCACAGUCACCCCCAAAAUGAA